AAAAGGGUUAAGAUAUGAUCACAUGUUCUUAUCACAUAGUCGUGUUCUCAGUUCAACACAAACUUCAAGGAACGAGAUAACUAACCCAGAUCAAAAUGUAUCUUAUAUUGGUAUACACACUGUUACCGGCAAUCUCAAUUCUGGCUGGGCUUUGUCUUGCUGAUGAUACUUGCCCAGGUAAGUCACCGAGACAUUAGCACAGGGCUACAGCAUGUCAAAUUACAAAAAUUAUCUUUUCUUAAUUUCACGUCAAGUUUUGUAACAAAGUUGUUCCUUUUUUUUUUUUUUUUGAGCAGUAAAUUAUUGAGCACAUUAUCAUUUGAAGACAUGAAGGGUUAAUUCACAAAAAGAGAAUUAUGGACAAUUGAGCAGGGAUCUACAAAAUAGUCAAAAUAGCUUUGCCUGGAAAUUGUUUUCAGAUUUGAUUUAAGAUUACAUGUUGCAAAUUCAAGAUCAUUCCCCAGCUUUUAGGGUUGAAAGAAUAAAAUAACGCAUUGAGAAUAUAUAUCCCAACUCAUAAGAGAGAAAAUGGAAAAUCACAUUUUCAUUUUAGAAUCUGGGAAUAAACAGAAAUGUUUUUAUAAUCCUUCAAAGCUGUAUAAUUCUAGAUUUCAGAUCAGGAGAAUUUCAAAAAAAUAUAAUUUAAUCACCUAAUUUCUGACUAGAAAAUGCUUUUCAGUCAGUUUACAAUGCAUAAUAUAUAUACUGCAUAAAGAAAAUAUUAAUAAUUAUUACUUACUGAUAUUAUCUGUUAAAGUGACACCCCAAGCAAGGCCACUAACUACAAGGAGAUCCCAUCUCUGUUGCUUAGAAGUACUUGUAUGAAGUGUUCCCAAAAGGUGGACACCAACAAGAAUGUUUGCAUAAGUCCUGAGAAGGUCAAUCACAGCUGUCUAUGAGGAAGCCUCAAAGUAGUCGUUGGUUUUGCAUUUGUGCAAGGGUAGUGCAUGUAGUGGUGUGAAGGUGCAAAGUUGUAAAUGGGUAAGAAUAUGGAAUUUUAAAGUCAGUUGCUUUGACUGGAGGUCAUCAGAGUUUCUGAAGAAGGGGAGGUGAAAGCAGUAACGGCAUGUUGAGGAGGGUUUUCACAGUAUAUCAAUAUAGGAUAAUGGGUGUUUUGUGGAAGACCAAAGGGAUUGCAAUAGAGAAGCCUUGUAAGGGUGACUGAGUUGAUAAAGAGGAAGGGGAGAUGAUAAGUUGAUGGAUUUUGUAUGGAUAUUAUAGGGGUGCACUUAGCAUGUUUAGGUCAUUGAAUUUUUAAUUCUCAAGGGAAGAAUAUGUGCUGGGAUCUAUAGGUGAAAUAGAAAAUACAUAGUACGGGAUGAAAACAGAGGAAAUAAAGAUGGUUCAGAGUAUAGAAAAGUCAGAAAAACACUGGAUUUGGUUGGCAUUAUUUGUAAGAUGUGGGAGGAUAUCUGAUAUAAAAUGAUACAUUUAGGAUUGUUACUUUAACAUUGAACAUCCUACUUUCAGUGAGCAUUUGAAAAAUAUUUUCAUAUGUUUUUCAGCUUUUACCAGCUUAUUUCUUAGCAGCUUUUAUAUGGUUUGUUUCAGUUUUUUUACAUUUUUUUUUACUCUUUGCAGAGGUGAAGGUUAUAGGAGUUGGUGAUACAGAUAAGCUUACCAUACUUAGAGGAUGUCCCGGGAGUCCAGGAUCUUCUGGCCCAAAGGGAGACCGUGGAACACCAGGAGAGAAAGGUGCACAAGUUUCAGUGUUCUACAGAAGAUAAAUCGAAUAUUCACAAAAUAAAUGUCUCUGUCUCCAUAUAUAUCCUCCUAGACCCAUGGAUAAGAAUUUUACAACAUUAAAAUGUGAACCCAUCUGUGUAAAACGUUAUUUAUUAUAUGUAAUUUGUGUUAAUUUAAAACAGAAUUUCAGUUACAUACACAUUUUAAUAUUUUUCAGGGCGAGAGGGAUCCCUAGGAAAAGUUGGACCACAAGGUCAAAAGGGUUGGUGAAUAAUUACAACACUAUUUAUAUUACAUUUAGGACAUAUUACAUUUAGGAUGUUUAAACUGAAAUUGGAUAAAUACUUACAAAAACAUAACAUACAGGGAUAUAAUUUCUAAUUAGUGGGGUAAUAGCUGAUUGAUCCAAGGAGACAUCUGACUGCUAUUUUGGGGUCAAGAAGGAAUUUUUUCCUAGUUUGUGGCAAAAUUGGAAGUGCUUCAGACCAGGUUUUUUGCCUUCUUUUGGAUCAACAGCAACAACAUUUCUGAGGAAGGCUGAACUUGAUGGACGCAAGUCUCUUUUCAGCUAUGUAACUAUGUAACUAUGUAACUAUGUAACUAUGACAUGGAAAAAGCUUACAAGGCCCUUUUUAAACAAAUAAGGGUUUAUCAAGAAAACCUUACAGAGCAACAGUAAGGGUUUAACGGUGUCUGGUAAGUAUGGUAUUGGUAAGUAGAUUAAAACAUAGAAACAUAUAUUCAGACUGAUCAUUGGGAUUGCUCAGUGGUGACUUGAAGACAGGAAAAUGUUGCAGACCAACAGCACAGGUGGAUUAGGGCUUCACCUUCGUAUAGUGUAUAGAUACUCCGCAGACAUUGAAGACUACAACCAGCUGAUUUCUCAUGUCUUUAUCCAGGGUCCAGAGGGCUCAUAGUUUUACAGACUUAUGUAGUCCGAGAUUAUUUGGGUCUUAAUCAUUAAACUGGGGAUUAUGGAGUAUCUAGAAGAUAAUAGCACGUUAACUCAAAUUAGUGGUGCAGGAUUUGAAAAAUAUUAUUUACAAUUUAGAUAUUUGUUAUCAGCUCUGUGGAGACUAGUGUAGUUUAAAAAUGGUGGAACACUAGACUUAACCGCAGGAAUAUGCCCACUCUGCCAACUCCUGAGCCAAUGCCCAGUUUAACACUAUAAGCCUAUAGAGGCCUUUUUAUAAUAUGAAACGUUAAUCAAGAGAAAUUCCAAUUUUAGUGUGAGUAGCAUAUUUUCCGUAGUAGGACAUUUAAAGCUAUCUGCAUUAAGCUUAGCAUUCUUAUUGUAUUUAUUUACUUUUUUAAACUUAUUUUUACUUUGCUUUUUCAAACAGGAGAGCUUGGAGAUACAGCCCUGCUAGUUAGAAAAAGUAAGUGUUUCUGACAUUCACACCAUACCCUGAAAAGGCUAAUUUAUCUAUCAUAAUGUUAUGAGAUAAGGGAUAUCUUAUGUGAAAAUCAGGCUGCGAGUAUCUCACUGUAGCUGGUAAUUCACAAAGUGACGAAAAACUAUUUAAAAACACUCACUCACUGACACACACACACAUUCACUCACUGACACACACUCAGUCACUGACAGACACACACACACACACACACACUUACUGACAAACAUGCACUCACUCACUGAUGGACAGACAUACACUCACUCACUGACAGACACAGACACUCACUCACAUAUACACACUCUCACUGACAGACAUACACACCGACACUCACUGACAGACACACACACACACACAGACACUUACUGACAAACAUGCACUCACUCAGUGAUGGACAGACAUACAAUCACUCACUGACAGACACAGACACUCACUCACAUAUACACACUCUCACUGACAGACACACACACCGACACUCACUGACAGACACACACACACACACUCACUGACAUACACACACUCACUUCGGGGGCCAGGUGCCCCCCGCUUUUGGGCACCUUGAGGAUCGGCCCGGUGCUGGGGGCGGCUCAAGAGCCACUCUCCCAAAGCUGCAGCCCCAGACAGAUGGAGCCCACGAGGAAGCAUCUCGGUGGGUGCCCCCCAGAAGGCCGGUGCCCUAUGCGAAUGCCUAAUUCGCCUAACUGUGGCGCCAGCCCUGACAGCUUGGCUGUUUUAGCUUUAAUGUCACAAUUAGGAUUGUAUUUGUUCAUCAUCCACUGACAAUCAGCAAACUGAGGAUUGCUCAAUAUUGUAGCAAUUGUGAUUGUAAAAUGUAACAUGUCAUACAUAUUAACAAAAACAGAGAAUAUGAGAACGGACAAAAGCUUAGAGAAACUCAGAAACUUGCCCUUCGGUAAAUCCCCGCUCAGGUCUCAAAACUGUUUUUGUUCAUUACAGAGAGCCCCUAUUCCAAGGCAUUUAAUACUGAUCCCACCCAUAAGAGCAGUCCAGAAUCGAAAUGCCAACAAGUUCUCUUUGCACGAGAGAUACAGUAACCCUGGAUGAAUGUUUUGGCCUUAUUUGGGCCACGAAGGGCAAGCUACUGAGUUUCUCCAAACUUUUGUCUGUUCCCAGAGUUCUCGUAUUCUCUUUUUUUGUUGCAAUGCAUUAACUUGGCUGUCCCCCAGUUAAAAGUGUUAUCCAGACGUGGACCCCGUGCUCAAAGCGGUAUCAGCUACACCUCACUGACGCGGCCAAAAGAAGGCCGAAACAAUCGUCCGAGGUUACUGUAACUCUUGUGCAGAGAGAAGUUGCCGGCAUUUCGGUUCUGGACUGCCGUUCUGUGUGGGAUCAGCAAACACUAGACGGGGAGAUACUUGUACAUGCCUACAACAUACAUCUGUAGUUUGAGAACUCUGAAAUUAGGAUUUCAAUAAAUCUUGCAGAUAAAAUAAUCGAUACACUAUAAUCCAUGUCUUAUAUCUUCGCCAUUAUUUAUGUGUUUGAAAUGCUGAUGCCACUUUUCUUUCAGCUGCCAAGAACUGUAAGGAGCUGUUGGACGAGGGCAUGGUAUUAAGUGACUGGUAUACAAUAUAUCCGGAUGACGAGACCCCACUCAAGGUGCUGUGUGACAUGCAUACUGAUGGAGGGGGGUGGAUAGUAAGUCUACAGCUGUUUUCUAUUCGUCAACAAUAUCCAUCUCCUUCAAACUCAGAAUUACAUGAUUUAAAAAAAACCUUUUUGUCAAACGUCUAUGAGAAGCAAGUAACUGAUAUUACAGUAAAUGAAGAUUAAACACCAUCCCUGUUGGUAAAAGAAAGAGUUAAGGGGCUACUCUGAGCACCAUGACCACUUCAGUGAUUUGAAGUGAUCCUGGUGGAUGGAGUCUGUUGUGAAAUAUUUUGCUGUGAAAUAAUGCACGUGCAGAGAUUAAUCCCCUCUGCUGCCAGAGAUGUAACUCCACCUCCUGCUUUAAGAGUUCUGGCUCGAUAAUGUGAAUUCUUUGCAAAUGUGUUGUCUGACACCAGUGGCUCCAUUCAGCCAUGCCACCCAUGUCCUCCCCAGCAUCCAUCUCCCUUCAGCAAAGGGGGAUAAUAACAGGGGAGGUAGACCAGGCUACAGGGAGAACUUGGCAUCAGUACUGGAUUGGAAGCAAAAUUUAGAUAUUUUCAAUUUUAUUUUUUAUUUUUUGGGCGGUGGGAGAGAGCAUAUUGUAAGGGUUUCUCUGACCAAUGACAGUAUUUUCAUAAAACACCAUUUUUUGGUUGGAGUAACCCUUUAUUCAUUGGUAUUAGUUUCUCACUGCUCAUUAUAUUUGGAGGACAAUAUGCAUUAAUAUACUGAUUGCAAAACUAUGUGAGUGAAUCCUUGUAAAUGAAAACAGAUGACUUACUUAAUAAUCAAAGGCUUGAGACACCUUAACCCACCUCCUCCUUAGACAAGAGAAAUGCACUCCACCGUAUGGUUGUAAAAUCUCUUUAAUAGCUACUUACUACAAUUAAUUAAUUAUGGUACAAACUAUAGACCCUGGCUCAUACAAAAGGGUUUACCAGUAGCAAAUAUUUACAUAUUAAAAACUGUCUCAUAUGGCUCAGGAACGGUGCAGGUCAACAUUGACAAUGCAGACGUGUUAAUUCUGUUUGUAUAGAAAACGAACACUGAUUAAAUCCCAUUGAUUUUUGCCUCUCUGAUGUUAAUGCAGGUUUUCCAAAGGAGAUGGGAUGGGUCAGUGGAUUUUUUCCGUGACUGGAAAUCAUACAAGGCAGGGUUUGGAAGCCGCCUAAAUGAAUUUUGGCUGGGGAACGAUAAUCUUCACAUAUUAACGGCAUCUGGUAAUGAUGACACAGGCCAGUCUCCCUAUAAAAGUUAUGUGCUCUGCCUGGGAGAUCAUGGCUAAUACGCCAUACUGCAUAGAGAUAGUUAUUAUACCCCAUAAAGAACACAUUACAGCUCAUUCCAUGCAGAGGUGGUCAUUAACCUUGGGCAGAAUAUGUGCGGUCUGUCCAAGAUUGGUGAGAGUUAAAGUUCCAAGAGGUACUGGCAGCCAUUUGUAAUUAUAAAUGGAAAGAACAGUGCCUCCACAUGCAACCAAUUUCAAAAAGUAAAAAGAGAAAUUAUUCCAGCUUGUCCUUUGCAAUCCAGUGCCCAUUUACUUGGGUGUCCUAAAUGUUCAAAGUAAUGUUUCGACCAUUAACCGCGGUGUUUGUCAAUCUAAUGUAUAACAAAUAGUAAAGGCAAUAAAAUGCCACAUAGAAACAUAGAAUGUGACGGCAGGUAAGAACCAUUCGGCCCAUCUAGUCUGCCCAAUUUUCUAAAUACUUUCAUUAGUCCCUGGCCUUAUCUUAUAGUUAGGAUAGCCUUAUGCCUAUCCCACGCAUGCUUAAACUCCUUUACUGUGUUAACCUCUACCACUUCAGCUGGAAGGCUAUUCCAUGCAUCCACUACCCUCUCAGUAAAGUAAUACUUCCUGAUAUUAUUUUUAAACCUUUGUCCCUCUAAUUUAAGACUAUGUCCUCUUGUUGUGGUAGUUUUUCUUCGUACAUGAUACAAUAAAAUACAUCACAUUCAGGGCCGCACUUGCCCACUGGGAUAACGGGAAAUUCCCUGAUGCAGGGCAGAACCGACAUGUGUGUGUCAGUGAGCUUAUCUAUAGUGAGCAUGUGUGUGUCAGUGAGCUUGUCUGCAGUGUGAAUAUUUGUCUGUGUUAGUGAGCUUUUCUUCAAUGAACAUGUCUGAGCUUGUGUGUGUGUCUGAGCUUUUCUGUGAGCAUGUGUGUGUGUCUGCAAGCUUGUCUAUAGGAAGCAUGUGUGUGUGUUUCAGUGAGCUUAUCCAUAGUGAGCUUGUGUCUGAGUAAGCUUGUCUGUAGUGAGCAUGUCUGUGACAGUGAGCUUGUCUGUAGUGAUCAUGUAUGUUAAGGAACUUGUCUUUAGGGAGCAUUUGUAUGUGUGUCAGUGCGCUAAUCUGUAGUGAACAUGUGUGUGUGACAGUAAGCUUGUCUAUAGUAAGCUUCUGUUUGUUUACCAGUGAGUUUGUCUGUAGUAAGUUUCUGUGUGUACACAAGUGCUUACUGUAUAAUUUAAUUUAAUACUUUGAAAGAACCAAUAUUUUGAAUUAGAAAAAGCAUACCAAUGUAUAUACAUAAAUAGUCUUUAUUAUCUUUGUAUUGUCCGUAAUGAAUGGCACUGUAGUGAACUGAAACAUCAACCUUUUGUUUUUGUAUUGGAUGUGCCAGAGUGCCUGUGUAUAUAUAAAUAUAUAAAUAUAUUACAUACACACACUACGCGGCACAAUGCCUUAAGGGGCUGGCAUACAUUGCUUUCCAGUCACAUUAUAUUAUUGUGAUACUAAUAUAAAGGCACACUGGACUGAAAAGGACUCGCAGGAAUGUUUUUUCUUUGUACAUUUUAAUUAUGCCAGAUGAAAUAGCUAUCUCCCAGGAUUGAAACUUCCACUGAUCUCAAGCAGAACUGGGACAUGAAUGCAUCAGUGUUGUCCCUGCAGUGAAGUGCUCCCCUUAAUCCCUACACUACCUUAACAUACUAUGCUCAGCAUUAAGCCCUACAUUACACACUCAACAUUCAACAUUAAUAUCUUCACUAUUCUAACAAGAAACACUGCAAUCUCAGAGUCCCGGGGACAUUUAUAAACCCAUUUCUACAUGUAGAAUGUGUGUGUGUGUGUGUAGACAUGUUUUUAAUUGCGCUUUUAAUUUUUCAUAUUAAACCAUUGGUUUAUACUUGUUGCUCAGGUACAUGGGAGCUUCGUAUUGACCUGACGGACUUUGAAAACAUGAAAUAUUUUGCCAAAUACGACUCAUUUCAGGUUUUUGGGGAGUCUGAGAAAUACAAGAUAUUGCUUGGAGCUUUCACGGAGGGGAAUGCAGGUAAUGGAGGGCAACAAUAUGAAAGCACAUUUUAAAAGAGUAACAGGACGAAUGCCAACAAUAAAGUGGUAAAUAACUACAAGAUCUCAAUCAAUUUCAAGUUUAUAAUACGGGCUUCACUCAGCAUCUCUUCGAGGAAAGUUUAGAAUAUUCUGUUGGCAUGCUGUGUGUCUAAUUCCUAGUGCAUUAAACUGUCACUUUAAUAUUUUAACAGAUUGUGGAGCAGAGAUCUCGAUUAGGAAACUGCUAAAUAUUUAAAUUAUUUGUUUUACUUUUUUUUUCUCCUUUUUAUCAGUUUCUUCUAGUAUAAAGAACAGAAUGUCCCCAAACAGGACUAUUGGUGUGAUCAAGUGACCCAGUGAGGGGGUGACCCUUAGUUCGUCCACAGAGAAAAAUAUAGUGUCCAGAGGAUACUAAUCCAAUCGACACAAGAAAGGUUCCUUGUAAAGUAUAUAACUAAUAUUAAAAAGACAUAACAAUUAGAUAAGUUUUAUUAAAUAUUAUGAGAAAAAGACAUAUAUAACAUGGACCCAUUAAAAAAAGAGCCAUACAGAAGGCUCUAUAAUAACAAAUGGGGACUGACUCCAAAGUGGGCUACUUGAGAUGUGGACUGAGGGUGAUGGUAGUAGGGAUUAGCUACCCUAGCAGGGUCUGUAUACCAGCUGAUGGAUUAUGUUGAAUAUUCUUUAUAUCAUAUAGCUGUAUAUCAUAUCAUCAUAGUAAAAACAAGGUGUAUAUAUCGACUUCAGAACUCUUGUAGCUAGAAUUAAAGGCAGUCUAAGGCCCUAGAGAAAAGGCACCACUAUAGUAGAAAAUCUGAGUCAAAUAGUUUGUAUUUAUAACCAAUUUUAAGCUGUAAUAACCCCAGGCUGACACCUAAAUAAACUUUUCAUUCUAGUAUAACUAUAUAUAUAUAUAUAUAUAUAUAUAUAUCAUUUACACUAAGUCCCUUGUAGCAAUAAAGAAAGGCAAUGAAAAGACCUUCUAAAACAAAACCAAUAUUAACGGUAUACUAAGUACCAACAGUGUCCACUUUAUACUGCCUUCUUAAAGUCCAUAAACAAUAUGCCAAUUUGACAGGAAGACCUAUAGUCUCAGGCUCUAAUAAUCUGGUUAAUAGAGGCAGUAUCUAUGUUGACAAGGUGUUACAUACUUUAGUAUUACCAUCAUAUCUGAGAGAUACGAAAGAUACCCUUAAAUGUCUAUCUCAACUCAAAGUACCCCAAAAUGCCAUUCUCUGCAGUUUGGACGUGGAGGUCCUAUGUUCCUCUAUUCCGCGUUGUGUAGGUAUCGAAAAUACCACAUUUUUCUUGAGACUAGGGGAUCUGAACAUCAGAGACAUAUGACCUUCGUCUUAGCCCUUCUGCAAUUCAUCCUUACACAUAACUUUUUUCUCUUCCACAAUCAAUUUUACCAGAGAAAAUGCAGUGUUUACAUUACGGCCUAGGGAUAAAUCCACUGGCCACUCCUCAGAUGGCUACUAGAAGUGCUUCCUGUGUCAUUGCUGCCUAAAAUGCAUCACAACAUUCAAUGUCUCCCCCCUCUGCAUGCAGACACUGAACUUUCCUCAUAGAGAUGCAUUGAUUCAAUGUAUCUCUCUAUGAGGAGAUGGUAAUUGGCCAGGGCUGUGUUUAAAUUGUACUGGAUCUACCCCUGAUCUGCCUCUUUGACAAGCUCAGCCAAUCCUAUGGGGAAGCAUUGUGAUUAGAUCAGGCCACCACUUCGGAUCAUGUCAGCAGGCAGUGGUCAGGUCAAAAUGAAACAGGGACAAAGCAAACAGCUCCAGACUUGAAUACAAGUAAGAUUUUACUAUCUUUAGGGAGGCAAGAUGUUUUCCAGGGGGGCUAGAUGGUGGUUUUAACACUAUAUGGUCAGGAAUACAUGUUUGUCUUCCUGACCUUAUACAGGGAGUGCAGAAUUAUUAGGCAAGUUGUAUUUUUGAGGAUUAAUUUUAUUAUUGAACAACAACCAUGUUCUCAAUGAACCCAAAAACUCAUUAAUAUCAAAGCUGAAUAUUUUUGGAAGUAGUUUUUAGUUUGUUUUUAGUUUUAGCUAUGUUAGGGGAUAUCUGUGUGUGCAGGUGACUAUUACUGUGCAUAAUUAUUAGGCAACUUAACAAAAAACAAAUAUAUACCCAUUUCAAUUUAUUAUUACCAGUGAAACCAAUAUAACAUCUCAACAUUCACAAAUAUACAUUUCUGACAUUCAAAAACAAAACAAAACAAAUCAGUGACCAAUAUAGCCACCUUUCUUUGCAAGGACACUCAAAAGCCUGCCAUCCAUGGAUUCUGUCAGUGUUUUGAUCUGUUCACCAUCAACAUUACGUGCAGCAGCAACCACAGCCUCCCAGACACUGUUCAGAGAGGUGUACUGUUUUCCCUCCUUGUAAAUCUCACAUUUGAUGGACCACAGGUUCUCAAUGGGGUUCAGAUCAGGUGAACAAGGAGGCCAUGUCAUUAGAUUUUCUUCUUUUAUACCCUUUCUUGCCAGCCACGCUGUGGAGUACUUGGACGCGUGUGAUGGAGCAUUGUCCUGCAUGAAAUCAUGUUUUUCUUGAAGGAUGCAGACUUCUUCCUGUACCACUGCUUGAAGAAGGUGUCUUCCAGGAACUGGCAGUAGGACUGGGAGUUGAGCUUGACUCCAUCCUCAACCCGAAAGGCCCCACAAGCUCAUAUUUGAUGAUACCAGCCCAAACCAGUACUCCACCUCCACCUUGCUGGCGUCUGAGUCGGACUGGAGCUCUCUGCCCUUUACCAAUCCAGCCACGGGCCCAUCCAUCUGGCCCAUCAAGACUCUCUCAUUUCAUCAGUCCAUAAAACCUUAGAAAAAUCAGUCUUGAGAUAUUUCUUAGCCCAGUCUUGACAUUUUCAGCUUGUGUGUCUUGUUCAGUGGUGGUCGUCUUUCAGCCUUUCUUACCUUGGCCAUGUCUCUGAGUAUUGCACACCUUGUGCUUUUGGGCACUCCAGUGAUGUUGCAGCUCUGAAAUAUGGCCAAACUGGUGGCAAGUGGCAUCGUGGCAGCUGCACACUUGACUUUUCUCAGUUCAUGGGCAGUUAUUUUGCGCCUUGGUUUUUCCACACGCUUCUUGCGACACUGUUGACUAUUUUGAAUGAAACGCUUGAUUGUUCGAUGAUCACGCUUCAGAAGCUUUGCAAUUUUAAGAGUGCUGCAUCCCUCUGCAAGAUAUCUCACUAUUUUGACUUUUCUGAGCCUGUCAAGUCCUUCUUUUGACCCAUUUUGCCAAAGGAAAGGAAGUUGCCUAAUAAUUAUGCACACCUGAUAUAGGGUGUUGAUGUCAUUAGACCACACCCCCUUCUCAUUACAGAGAUGCACAUCACCUAAUAUGCUUAAUUGGUAGUAGGCUUUCGAGCCUAUACAGCUUGGAGUAAGACAACAUGCAUAAAGAGGAUGAUGUGGUCAAAAUACUCAUUUGCCUAAUAAUUCUGCACUCCCUGUAGUGCUCCUUUAAGUAAUCAUCUCUGGAGUCUUCCAGUAUAAACUUAAUUAAUACAAUGUGAUACAUAAAUAAAUGUGGUAAUAGCGAUAGUGAUUUGGUUAUAGAAGUGGGUAGGAUGUGACAUUAUUCUGUUUUCACAGGUGAUUCUCUAACAUAUCACAACAAUAUGAAAUUCACAACAAAAGAACAAGAUAAUGAUCUUGAUAGAUCAAACAGCUGCUCUGAAAAGUAUAAAGGAGGCUGGUGGUAUAACGACUGUCACGUUUCCAAUCUAAAUGGGCUCUAUCUGUUGGGACAACACAAUUCUUUUGCUGACGGUAUCAACUGGUAUCAUGGAAAAGGGUAUAACUACUCCUACAAGCACAGCGAAAUGAAAAUCCGCAAUAUUUAAUGCCAUUAUUACAGAUUAAUCUGCUGACUGUCAAAUAUAUACAAUUAUAACACAAAUUUAACAAUUCAAUUAUUUCCCUACUAAUACUACUUGCUCAUUCCAACAGAGAUUUUUUAGUACUGAUCUCUUAGCUUAAUUCAGAUGCCCGAACUUACAAUGUUAAAUUACAUCGUUCAUAUUAAUUCUAAUAAAAUAUUAUGAAUGUAA